UUUUCAUUUAGGUAGAAAUUUAUUGCUAAAUAAGGAAAAUAUUCUUCUCGUGCACUUGAAAAGUUGAAUCUACUUCCGAGAGCAGCCGCCGACGCCGACGCCGACGCCGACAAUCUUUCGCCGGACUAGUAUUCCUCGCUCCGCUCAGUAUUGUAUUGGUCGAGACAUAUGAAGAAGACGAAGAACCCAUUAGUUUUCUUGGAGGUUUCCAUUGAGGGGGAUACUGCUGAAAGAAUUGUUAUCGAGUUGUUUGCUGAUACUGUCCCUAAAACAGCAGAAAACUUCCGGGCGCUCUGCACAGGUGAGAAAGGUGUUGGAACUUCAACAGGGAAACCUCUUCACUACAAGGGCUGCACAUUUCAUCGCAUAAUUAAAGGAUUUAUGGCUCAAGGUGGCGAUUUUUCAAAAGGAAAUGGCACCGGUGGAGAGAGUAUUUAUGGAGGGAAAUUUGCGGAUGAGAAUUUCAAGUUGGAUCAUAGUGAGCCUGGUCUUCUCUCAAUGGCUAAUGGCGGUCCAAACACAAAUGGAUCUCAGUUCUUUAUAAUUUUUAAGCGGCAACCACAUCUUGAUGGAAAACAUGUUGUUUUUGGAAAGGUUGUGAAGGGACUGGAUAUUGUUAAGAAAAUGGAGCAGUUAGCGACAGCUGAUGGGAAACCAUCCGAAGUUGUAAAAAUUGUAGAUUGUGGUGAGAUGUCAGAUUCCAAAGUGCAGAAUUCAGUUGAAGCUGAGAAAGAAAAGAAGAAAAAAUCAGCAAGGGGCGAUCCAGGUAAUGAUGAUUCCAACGGUCAGACCAAAACAAAGCAGAAAGCGUCUGUGAAGGAUAAGAGGAGAAAAAGGAGCUAUUCUUCAUCCGAUUCUUCCAGCUCUGAUUCGGGUUCUGAUUCGUCUGAGACUGAUUCAUAUUCGGACUCUGAUUCAGAUUCUUCUUCGGCGUCCUAUUCUUCAACUUCAUCUAGUGACGGAGGACGGAAGAAGAAAAGGAAAGUGACAAAGAGGGGGAGGCGUCAACAUGGGAAGAAAAGGAGUGUUGGACACAGGGAGAAGCGAAAAGCUCAACGGGAUAGAAGAUCAAAACGAAAAUCUAAAAGGAACUUGGGAAGUUCUAGUGAAGCCAAUAGUAGUGGGAGCAGUAGUAGCAGCGGCAGCAGUUCCGAUGACGAACGCCGGGGCAGAUCUUCACGGAAGACGAAAGCUUUGUCUAAAGAAGAGAAGAAGCCAGCUCAAACUCUAGGGAAGGAGAAACAGUCGUCAGUUCCUACCAUAGGAUCUAUGGUUCAGCAAAAAGGUGAUGAUAGGCGACAUACCGGGGAUGACUCAUCGCAUGAAGAGGGUGAAUUUUCUCAAGAAAAUAUCAACCAUAAGGGUAAUGGCCAAGGGCAUGUCAACAAUGACAAAGAUGUUACAGGGUAUCAAUCUGAUCAUUCACGCAGAUCCAGGAGUUUGUCACCAAUUACUGGUGGGAAGCCAAGAUCUAGUCGUAGCAGCACUCCAAGCAGAAGUCCUAGAGUUCCUAAAGCAUCUGGUCGCCAAGUUGAGAAAAGUCCAUCAAGGAGUCCUGUAAGAAGUCCGCCUGUAAGCAAAGCCCCUCAAGCUUCUGUUUCUAAUCAUGGUCGGGAUUUGUCUCGAAGCCGCUCUCCUGGUGGAACUCAGAAGCGAGUCAGAAAAGGGCGCGGCUUUACUGAACGAUAUGCAUUUGUCAGAAAAUACCGCACACCAUCUCCAGAACGUUCACCUGAUAGAUCUUAUCGUUUCGGUGGAAGAAACACUCAGAGGAACAAUGACAGGUAUCCAAGCUACAGAGGUAGAUUCGAACGGUCACCACAAAGACGUUACAGGAGUCCGCCAAGAAGAGUAAGGAGCCCACCCAGAUAUGAGCGAAAGAGGAGUCGGAGCAGGAAUGCUUCUAGAAGCCCUGGUCCAUACCGUGGUCGUGGAAGGCACCAUAGCAGAAGCCCUAGUCCUGCAGAUAGGCGACCUCUGAUUAGUGAUAAGUUAAAGUCUCGCCUGGGCCCACAAAAGGACGAGCAUACCCCUAGAGGAAGGUCAAUUUCACGAAGUUCAUCUCGAUCUCGUUCUCGAUCUAGAUCAGCUGAUGGUGCUUCUAGAAAGCGUCCACGGAAAGUUUCACCAACUUCACCUAGAAGCUCGCGAUCCAGCCCUAGCCCUCCUCCCAUUGGACAACGGGGAUUAGUGUCGUAUGAUGACAUCAGUCCAGAUAAUAAUGGGGUCAAUUAGUUGGUUUUUUUUUCCUUCUUUUUCGUUGAUUGAAUAUUAUUUGAUUUUCUGUUGUAUUAUUGGUCAGAUAUUUCCUUUGUGUUCUGAAACUGAGCACUCGAAACCUUGGAUUUUUAUUGGCGCGGACCAGAGAUUUUAUUGUCGUGCAUUUGUUCGUUUCGGAU